AUGAAUGACUUACUGAAUAGGUCUGGAAUGUUGGAUUGCAAGCCACUAGCCACACCAGCCUCUGUGACACAUGUUGUGUCUCCGUCAGAUGAACUGUUUGAUAAUCCGACUCAGUAUCGACGCAUAGUUGGGGCAUUGCAGUAUCUCACUAUCACGCGUCCUGAUCUUUCUUAUGCAGUUAACCGUCUUUGCCAGUUCAUGCAUUCACCGACCACGGAUCAGUGGGCUAUGGUAAACGUGUGUUACGACUCAGAUUGGGCCGGUUGUCCUGUUGACAGAAAGAGUACAAGUGGGUUUGCUGUUUUUCAAGGGUCUAACCUUGUCUCCUGGCUCUCUCGGAAACAACGCACGGUAGCCCGCUCCUCUACUGAAGCCGAGUACAAAGCCCUAGCAGAUGUUGCAGCUGAAGUCAUGUGGGUUGUGUCUCUACUUUGUGAGCUAGGAUUACACUCUAGACAGCCCUCCACUUUAUGGUGUGAUAACUUGGGUGCCACGUAUCUCUGUGCGAAUCCAGUGUUCCAUGCCAGGACGAAACAUGUGGAGAUUGAUUACCACUUUGUGCGUGACAAAGUUGCUUCAGGGGAUUUUUUGGUUAACUUUGUUUCUACGAAAGAUCAGAUAGCAGAUAUCCUCACCAAACCUAUACCGGGGCCGCGGUUCACUCUUUUACGGGACAAGCUCAAUGAAUUAGACGGCAAAGAGAGUUUCAAGAGAGAUGUUAGUGAGCUCUACAACAAAGCAUGA